CCCAUCUUCUGGGUAAACAUUGGCAUUCCUCAGGGAAGUCCCGUGUCACCGGUCCUGUUCCUCUUCUUCUCAGCGCCGAUACUCGAGAAGGCCUCCGAGUGCCGCUAUAAGGGAGCCACCAUCUACGUUUUCGCCUACGUCGACGACACCUAUAUAUUGUCAGUAUCGAAAAGCUACGAGACCAACUGUAGGGCGAUUGAGAGGUGCCAUGACAUCAUCAUGAAAUGCGCAAGCGAGUUGGGAGUCACAUUCUCACCCGAAAAGUACAACCUCAUGCACUUCAAACGACCAUAUUCUCGUGGGCCCGAUUGUGCACUGAUUCCAAAGAUCCCCGGCUUCAGCAAAAAGCCCGAGGCACACCUGAGGAUACUUGGUGUUGAGGUCGACAAGGGACUACGCUGGGAAGAACAUAUUCAAGAGCGAAAGAGCAAGGUCAAGGCCGAGAUGAAUCACCUGCUCCGAAUCUCAGGCUCCAUCUGGGGACCUAAGCUGAAGACCAUGAAGCAGCUCUACGUCACCAAGAUCCGACCCAUCAUCACGUAUGCAUGUGGAUCAUGGUUCAUACCUAUCCACAAGGAGGUGAACUGGGGGAUCUCCCAGAAGAGACUCGGCAUUCUCGAGUCACUGCAGUAUCAGUGCUUGCUGCAGAUCUCUGGAGCGAUGAGGGGCACCUCUCGAAUCGUUCUGGAAAAGGAGCUGAACAUUGACAGUAUUCGAGUGACUCUUUGCCGGCUGGCGGCAACGCACAGGGCCAAGAUGAUCGACACCCCCGACCACGACGCCCUCGUCAAGGCUAGAACAAGCCUUAGCAAACCGGAUGAUGACCGGGCUCAUCCCUACACGCUCCUCGAUUUGGGUGGGAGACACCUCAGACAGCGAACUUGGAAGGGCAUGGUGGCUGAGCUAGGUGAGGCCAAGGCAGCCGCGAACUGGAGUGAUCCAAAGGAGAGAAACAAAGCCUUGAAGGCAUACUGCAUGGGGGACACUUUUAGAGGGAGCGAGGCUAUGUGGGAUGAGUAUCGUCAAAAACGAGCCCAGAAGCACGCGACGGUGCCUCCAGCGAUGAAAGGUCCCUGGGGGGCCGACGCCUUUCUCAGAUGCUACAGUGAUCUCCCCCGCGCCCAAACCAGCAUUCUGCUACAGUGCAGAACCGGGGUGAUUGGUCUGAACGACUAUCUGUUCUCGAUAAAGCAAGUCGACUCACCUCAAUGCCCUUGUGGGAAGGGCAGGCACACCGCCUUUCACCUCUUCACUCAGUGUGAAAGGCUUCGAGGACCAAGGGCUGCGCUGACCGAGAAGGUUGGCCACAACGACUUUUAUAGGCUACUCAUUGAGCAGCCCAAGGCCGCGAGCGACUGGGCCAUCACCCACUUUGACCUGAACCAGUACGUCUGGCCUCGGGAAAAUGGCCCAUCCGACGUGGCUGAGGAGUAG